AUGCCGCAAGAGAAGUUGUAUGAUGAUGCAUGUCAAGACUGGGGUUUCUUCCUGGUAAUAAACCAUGGUGUAUCAGAGAGUUUGAUGAAAAAUGUUAUGGAGGGUUGCUAUGAAUUUUUCAAUUUAACAGAUGAAGAAAAGAAAGCGUAUGAAGGGAGUGAUGUGCUGGAUCCAAUAAGGUGCGGAACUAGUUUUAACACGGCCAAGGAGACGAUCUUCUUUUGGAGGGACUUUCUAAAGGUUCUUGUGCAUCCGGAUUUUCAUUUUCCUGACAAACCAAAAGGGUUCAGUGAGCUUGCACUGGAGUAUGUUGAAAGAAUCCGAGAAAUUGCAGGGGAAUUGCUAAGGGGAAUAUCAGUAAGCCUAGGACUGGAAGCGUCCUACAUACAUGACGUUUUAAAUUUAGAAUCCAGCUUACAAGUGUUUGUUGCAAAUCUCUACCCGCCCUGCCCACAGCCUGAACUUGCAUUAGGAAUGCCGCCUCAUUCUGAUCACGGCCUCCUGAACAUUCUCAUAGAGAACGGCGUAGGGGGGUUGCAGCUGCUGCAUAACGGAAAAUGGGUCAAUGUCAGAGCCCCUCCCAAUUCAUUUCUGGUCAAUACUUGUGAUCACCUCGAGAUACUGAGCAAUGGGAGGUACAAGAGUGUAGUGCAUCGAGCAGUGGUGAACAAUGCGACUACAAGGCUAUCGCUAGCCAUAGCGAAUGGUCCGUCUCUCGACACCAUUGUGAGGCCAGCACCUGGUCUAACCGAUGGUGCAAACAACCCACCAGCCUACACUCCAAUGAAAUACAAGGAGUAUCUGCAGCUGCAGCAAGGAAACAAGCUUGAUCAGAAGUCUGUCUUGGAUCGGAUCAGGCUACAAAAGGAGUGAAUGCUGGAGAAAAUAAAAUGUUACUGUAAAAAAUAAAGGCACUUAUCACUGAGCCUGAUGUUUCUUUGCUAUGUUUCUCCAUAAUUUGGAUUACUGUGAAGUGUGUAGGCACUAGCGGCUCAGCUGGCACUUCUAAAUAUGCUGUAAUAAUUUUUAUAAUAAUUUUUCAAUUUUUUUUAAUAA